GACGGUGGUCAAUAUCCAUUGACGGCCCCGAGCCUGCCCAGAUUGCGGUGACGGCCAUCAGCAGCUUAGAUUUCACGUUUGAGUUCUUGGACAUAGGGACUGAGUCCAGCAUGACGUCACAGCCUAUUGCUUAUGAGACAACCCUUGUACGCCUGACUGUGACUAGCCAACCGUGUGUAGCCAACGUGACGAUGUUGAACCUCCUCAGCGACGCAGGGGAGAUUAUCUCGGCUGUGGAGUCUAACGACGUAGGACUUCACCUCGACCAGAUGGCCACCCCUGGCAAAGGUUCCAUCUUGUUUUGGCUUCAGAUGCCUGAUGUUCCAUUUUACAUGUCAGCUUCAGGAUAUGACGUCACAGGUCAAAGGUUUCAAAGACUCAGUCCUGAACGUGUGGUGCCCCGGAUGUUUGCGCUCUCAUUUGUCAACUUCAGAUCAGACCCUCUGGUUCCCGGGACUGACUACAAAUUUGGAGUGCGGCUGCGUAAUAAAGGCGGAAGUGACGUGUUCAAGAUCGUGGGAGCUUGGGACAAUUCUGAAUAUUUCAAGGUGAUGAUCGCUCCCAGCACUCUAAAGGUGGAACAGAAUCAAAUUGCUCAUGUUGCAAUGGUUAUCAGCGUCAAGGCGUCAAUUUACUUUAUCAUGAAAGGAGCACUGACGGUUACUGCCAGCAGGCUGUCAGAUAAUGUCACGGACACAUUGACUGAGUCCAUGAUCGGAGAGCCAGCUAGCUUCCUUCAAGACUACGAAUCGCCCGCCUGCACAACCACAUCAACAACGGGAGGCUGCCGAUCUAACCUUCCCUGCCAAGCCCAGAUGUGGACGUCGUCAGUGCUGGUUAGUGACAGCUUGACCGGUGUCCGGUCUGCCGUAUUUCUGGACCCGCCACAGGGAGCCUUCAAUAACGUCCAGUUCUUGUACUCCAUGACCAAUAGAACGGCUAGAGCCGAGUACGGAUACACUUGCUGCAACAUGGAAGCCACACUUCUAGCAUACGACUACUCCAAAAACCCGUCUUACUGUAAACUCAUCGCCCCGAUUUUAGACCCACAGACCUCCACAACUUUACAGUACUCACAAGUUGCCAGUAGUUUCAAUAACAAUCUUACUUCAGACAGUGCAUUUAUAUCACCAACUACAACUCCUACAACACGAUAUAUCCCUAACAGACAAAGUGUUAGAAGCACGUUUUUUGAGGGCGGUUUGUCUAGAUGGACUCCAAAUUCGAGUACUUCUGUGUCAGCACACAAUGGUACCAUUCGUGCAACGGUAACCGGAAAGACAGGUCACACUCCAGAUUUUCAGCCAGGUGGACGCCAAACUGCUGUUCCUACUGCUACAUCUGGACACUCUUUGGGCAGAAAAACGACCCCGUGGAAAUCUUUAACAUCUGCGACAUCGUUAAAUACCCUAGUUACGGAUACAGUGAGAUCUCAAGGAUCAACAAACAGCAGUGUCCUUUUGGCGGAAGGAAACCAUGGAAAUCAGCACAGCGUGAACGGAGUGGGUUCGAGAACUCUAAGACUUGCAGCUAUAGUCUGUGGGUCACUUGCCGGAGUGGCCGGGCUGGCUAUUGCUGUCAUCUGUGUGGUUUUUAGGUGUAUGGUCAAGCACCAGCGUGAUCGGCCUUGGCGACGAAGGAGCAACGAUAGUGACGUCACCAUGGGCAGUAGUUCGGAGACGAGAUCUGUCGGCAGUUACAGUGCUGACAGCAUAAAAAUGUCUAGAACAGACAGAUCUGUCAAAAUUUUUAGUGCUGACAGCUUACAAAUGUCUAGAACAGACAGAUCUGUCAAAAUUUAUAGUGCUGACAGCAUACAAAUGUCUAGAACAGACAGAUCU